AGCAGGCGACGAGCCGCUGAAAGUGGCGACGAACUCCGCCCCUUUCGAAGACCAGCAACUUUCCAUUCUUGUUUCCCUGAGCAAGGCGCAGAUCGCAACGGGGAGACCCCCGAGCAGCCUGAGUGAGUCGGACGUCGGAAAAACAGCCUGGGAAUCUCCAUGUUUCCCAGCCCAGGCUAAGCGCAGGAUUCUUCAGAGCCAUAUCCUGUGACAAUCACAAGGGUUUUCUCCACCCCGCGGGUGACGGAGAACUCGUGACCGGCCCCUCAGCUCCGAGCCAAGCGCCUGGAGGGCGCGGAGAAAGAGGGGGCGGAGCUGCAAGCCCAGAUCACCAGGCAGCCGAAGACGGGCAGCGCGUGCGCAUUCUCUCGCCACGGGACCUCCUUCCCGCCGCUGAGACUAGGAAGUGGGACGCCAAAUCUGUCCCUGCGCAGCCGCCGCCGCCGGGCGCCGAGCAGGGUGGCCGCCCUGCCUGAGGCGCGCCUGCGCACGUCCCCACGCACGCUCCGGCGUACGGCGGCGGCCGGGGGUCGCGAGCCGGUGGAGGACCCGCGCGCGGAGGAGCCGGGGAGUCAGCGCUUCUUCCCUCCCUCCCCCUCUCCCCUCCCCGCUCCCUGCCCCCCUCCCCAAGAAUGUUCCGCUACGAGUCUUUGGAGGAUUGUCCUCUGGAUGAAGAUGAAGAUGCGUUUCAGGGACUGGGAGAAGAAGAUGAAGAGAUUGAUCAAUUCAAUGAUGAUACAUUUGGGUCAGGUGCAGUUGAUGAUGAUUGGCAGGAAGCACAUGAGCGCUUGGCUGAACUGGAAGAAAAGCUACCAGUGGCAGUUAAUGAACAAACAGGCAAUGGAGAGAGAGAUGAAAUGGACUUGUUGGGUGACCAUGAGGAGAAUCUGGCAGAAAGGCUCAGUAAGAUGGUGAUUGAAAAUGAACUAGAAGAUCCAGCUAUCAUGAGGGCAGUGCAGACCAGGCCAGUUUUACAAUCCCAACCAGGAAGUCUGAAUUCCAGUAUCUGGGAUGGAUCUGAAGUUCUGAGGCGAAUUCGAGGACCACUGCUUGCUCAGGAAAUGCCUACAGUGUCUGUAUUAGAAUAUGCUUUGCCUCAGAGGCCCCCCCAGGGUCCAGAAGAUGAUCGGGACCUUUCUGAACGUGCAUUACCAAGGCGGUCAACUUCACCUAUCAUUGGCAGUCCUCCUGUUAGAGCUGUCCCCAUAGGCACCCCACCUAAACAGAUGGCUGUACCCAGCUUCACCCAACAGAUUCUGUGUCCGAAGCCUGUCCAUGUUCGGCCUCCAAUGCCACCUCGUUAUCCUGCUCCCUAUGGUGAGAGGAUGUCUCCAAACCAGCUCUGCGGUGUCCCGCUACAGCCUGGACGGAUGUCUCCCAGCCAGUUUGCACGGGUCCCUGGAUUUGUUGGUAGUCCACUUGCUGCCAUGAAUCCCAAGUUGCUACAAGGGCGAGUUGGGCAGAUGCUUCCCCCAGCACCAGGCUUCCGUGCCUUCUUUAGUGCUCCACCCUCCGCUACACCACCUCCACAGCAGCACCCUCCUGGUCCAGGACCCCACCUGCAAAACCUAAGAUCUCAGGCCCCAAUGUUUAGACCGGACACAACUCACCUUCAUCCACAGCACCGUCGACUCUUGCAUCAGAGACAGCAACAGAAUAGAAAUCAGCAUCGGAAUCUCAAUGGUGCCGGAGAUAGAGGAAGUCACCGGAGCAGUCAUCAAGAUCAUCUCCGAAAGGAUCCGUAUGCUAAUCUCAUGUUGCAGCGGGAAAAGGAUUGGGUCUCUAAAAUCCAGAUGAUGCAACUGCAAAGCACUGAUCCCUACCUGGAUGAUUUUUAUUACCAGAAUUACUUUGAAAAACUGGAGAAACUGUCAGCUGCUGAAGAAAUACAAGGUGAUGGCCCUAAGAAGGAGCGCACCAAGCUUAUCACCCCUCAGGUGGCCAAACUGGAGCACGCCUAUAAGCCAGUGCAAUUUGAGGGGUCUUUGGGAAAGCUUACCGUUUCUAGUGUGAAUAAUCCCCGAAAAAUGAUUGAUGCUGUUGUGACAUCUCGGAGUGAGGAUGAUGAGACAAAAGAAAAACAAGUUCGAGACAAGAGGAGAAAAACCCUUGUUAUAAUUGAGAAAACGUACAGCUUACUCCUUGACGUGGAGGACUAUGAAAGACGUUAUCUCCUAAGUCUGGAAGAAGAGCGACCUGCCCUAAUGGAUGAGAGAAAGCACAAAAUUUGUAGCAUGUAUGACAACUUAAGGGGGAAAUUGCCUGGACAAGAGAGACCUAGUGAUGACCACUUUGUACAGAUCAUGUGUAUCCGAAAAGGGAAGAGAAUGGUUGCCCGUAUUCUUCCUUUCCUCUCCACAGAGCAAGCAGCUGACAUUCUCAUGACAACAGCCAGGAACCUCGCUUUCCUCAUCAAGAAGGAUGCACAAGAUGAGGUGCUGCCAUGCUUACUGAGUCCCUUCUCUCUCCUCCUCUAUCAUCUUCCAUCAGUGACUAUCACCAGCCUUUUGCAACAGCUAAUGAACCUACCUCAAAGUGCAGCUACACCAGCACCCUCCAAUCCUCACCUCACUGCUGUGCUCCAGAACAAGUUUGGCCUGUCACUGCUCCUCAUCCUCCUGAGCCGUGGUGAAGACCUACAGAGUUCAGACCCUGCCACAGAAUCAACGCAAAAUAAUCAGUGGACGGAGGUGAUGUUCAUGGCAACACGAGAACUUCUACGGAUUCCCCAAGCAGCCCUCGCCAAGCCAAUCUCUAUACCUACAAACCUAGUGUCCCUCUUUUCUCGCUAUGUUGACCGGCAGAAACUGAACUUGCUGGAGACAAAACUGCAGCUAGUUCAGGGGAUACGAUAAAAGAUCUCCAAAUGUGUCCUGUACCUGCACUGCUGCCAUCACCAAUGGAGUGUUUUUAAUGAGGGAGGGAAGGUAGCUUUUUCCCCAAAGCGAAGUCUUGUAGGAUUGAUUCCUGUUUACAGGGGUUGUCUCUCUAAAUGUCAGAUAUUUCCCCACUGCUCUAUGAAAUUUGGCUGGGUGAUACUUCUGCUGGUUUCUUUACCUUCUAUGUUACAGUUCUGCAUGUCCUACUUUUACUCAGUUCUGUUUUGCAUUUUCUUUGCCCUAGAGACACAAGUGUAAUCUCUCCCUUUAUCCCUCCACUACUCCACCUCAGAGUAGAUUGUAGCCUGCCAAAGGAUUCCUUCCCUCAUCCUAUUGAAGUUGUUUUUUCAUUGCCCCAUAUUAAUAUGACUAUAGAAGAACCAAUUAAGUAGAGAUCAAGAUAUACACACACACGUAGAUACACACACACACACACACACCCCAUACAUGUAUUUAUGUGGUCUUCAGAGGGUCCUUAAAGAAUGAAUUUUAGAUUGAAAAAUAUUUAGUUGUCUCAUUACCUCUUCUAAACACAAACCAGCUGAUGUAUUUUAAUCUGUUUCUGUUCUAUCUUGUAAUUAAUUUGGUGGGUUCUACUUGUUUUAACAUAAAUAAAGAGUAUGCAGCACGUUUAAUAAAAUCAGAACUCUUAAUUGGCUUAUGCCCAGGUCUAGGCUGAGAAGUCCUUUUUCUUCUUCCCACCUUUAUUUCCUUAGUUUCUGUCCACCUUAAUCGAAACAGCACAUGGUUAUGUCUUUUUCCUGCUACAAUUACAGGGUACUUGAGCCUUUCCCCUCAAGUGCAUUUGAAGUCACCCAGGAUGAUCCUCACUAGUAGCCUGCUUUGGCAAUGUGGCCUUUUGCACACUUGCCCUGUCUUCCUGAGACUACUUCAGUAAGCCAUGCUUCCUUCUUCCCCACUUUUAUUUGGUGUCAUGAAUAGAAACUUCCAUAUGUAACCAUGGAAGCUAAGUUUGGCCUGCUUUGCUUUUUAGUCUCCACACCAUGGGCAGAACUGCUGUCUUUACUAUUUCAUCUCACCCAAGUCUCGUUCCCAGGGAGCCAGGGGCCUGGGUUUGAAUAAUUGCAGGGCCAGCCUGCCGUGAUCUUUCUCACUUACUCCUCUCCCAUUCAGCAGUCAACCAGACUAAGGAGUUUUGAUCCCUAGUGAUUACAGCCCUGAAGAAAAUUAAAUCUGAAUUAAUUUUACAUGGCCUUCGUGAUCUUUCUCACUCCUCUCCCAUUCAGCAGUCAACCAGACUAAGGAGUUUUGAUCCCUAGUGAUUACAGCCCUGAAGAAAAUUAAAUUUACAUGGCCUUGGUGAUCUUUCUGCUGUUCUUACCUUUUCGAAUGUAGUUGGGGGGUGGGGGGGACAGGUUGUGGUAUUUAAAGAGAAUAAACAUUUUGCACAUACAUGUAUUGUACAACAGUAAGAUCCUCUGUUAAAACCAGCUGUCCUUGUUCUCCAUCUCCGUUUCUUCCCAUGCUGUAACCCCAGGCUCCGCCAGCUGUUCCCCAGUGAUGUUACCUAGCUUCCCUCUACCAUCAUCUACUGACCAUUUCCACUACACGCCUUUCCUACCUUCCCUUCACAACCAAUCAAGUAAAUACUUGAUUAUUAUCUCCUCCUUACUGUGCUUUAUCUUUUUUGUUUGGUUCUAAUUAAUGAAAAUAAAAGUUUCUAAAUUUACAUUUUUAUAGGGUAUUGUAAAUAAAAACAAAUUGUAUACUUAAAAA